AUGGCGCCUCUUGCUGUGUCAGCAACUGCGUUUUGUUCCAUAAGCCAUGGCUAUGGCGUCAAGAAGCUCGACGAGUAUCUUACCCGAAAACUCAGAUUCAUCAAGUAUUACUUCUUCCAGAUGCUUGUCAAAGAACACCGUGGGAGUAGUAAUGUUGAAGAAAACAAGGAAGAAAGCAUCUCUAGGGUGACUUUGAUGUGGAGAGCUAUCAAAUUACCCAUUUACUCUGUUGCAUUGAUCCCUAUAACAGUUGGAAGUGCAGCAGCAUAUUUGCAGACGGGCCAAUUUUUUGGAAAACGUUAUUUAAAGCUAUUGUUAUCAUCAGUUCUCAUUAUUGCGUGGCUCAACUUAAGCAAUGAUGUAUAUGAUUUCGAAACUGGCGCGGAUAAAAACAAGAAAGAAUCAGUUGUUAAUCUAAUUAGCAGCCAAACAGGAACUCAUAUUUUAGCUUGGGUACUACUUGCACUUGGUUUCGUGGGCCUUACUCGGGUGUCUAUUGAGGCUGGAAGUAUACGUUCUAUAAUUCUACUUGCCUGUGCCAUAUUUUGUGGCUAUAUUUACCAGUGUCCACCUUUUCGGUUGAGUUACUCGGGACUUGGAGAACCUUUGUGCUUUGCGGCAUUCGGUCCAUUUGCGACCACUGCCUUUUACUUGCUUCAAAGUGGGACAAGUGAGCUGUCAAUCUCUGCAACUGUAAUCUCUUCAUCAAUUCUUGUUGGCUUCACAACAUCCUUAAUCCUAUUCUGUAGCCAUUUUCAUCAGAUAGAGGAUGACAAGGCGGUUGGGAAAAUUUCACCUUUGGUCAAGCUUGGAACUGAAGGAGGUGCAAAUGUAGUGAAAGUGGCCGUACGGACACUUUAUUCGCUUCUAUGUGUUCUCGGGCUUGCCCAAAUUCUUCCUUUCCAAUCUAUAGUUCUGUGUGCUUUAACAUUACCAGUUGGAAAUUUAGUGGUUGGCUUUGUUGGGACAAACCACAAGGACAAGAUGAAGAUUUUCAUGGCGAAAUAUUACUGCGUGCGGUUGCACACAAUAUUCGGGGCUGCAUUAGCUGCUGGGAUGUGUCCACCGUAUCGUUUGAGCUACCAAGGAUUGGGAGAGCCCUUAUGCUUUGCAGCAUUCGGCCCCUUUUCAACCGUUGCAUUCUAUUUGCUCCAGAGCAGUUCAAGUGAGCUACCUGUAUCUAGAACAAUCAUGAGUGCUUCAAUUCUUGUUGGUUUUACUUCAUCCUUGAUCCUCUUUUGUAGCCAUUUUCAUCAGGAUAAGUCGAAGAUCUUCAUGGCUAAAUACUACUGGGUGAGAUUACAUACCAUAUUCGGACUUGCUUUGGCUGCUGGACUUGGAGCAUCAAGAAUGCAUUAUGGGGGACAACUUCAGAGUCUGUCA